CUCCGCUCAUGUGAAGCGCUGUUUCAUACGUCCAGUGAUGCCUCUGCAGCCCGCAGACGGAGCGAUACAGGAAGAUACUCCAGUGUAUGGGACCUUACCAUCCAAGUGACGUCCUAUAUGAUAAAUCCCGACUUGUUACAUCCUCAAGGCAAAGCAGCAAUUUCGGCGACAUUCACAGGAUUACUCUGGAGACGCUUCUCGGACGGCCUGCGUUGACAAGGUGGAGAAAUGUGCACGCACGGAGGACGAGGAGCCUGGAAUUAAGCACAGGAGAGAAAAGAUGCCAAAGAUGAGACAAUAAGAAGAGCUAGUUUUGGGGCCUGUGCAGACUUCCCGCGGCAGCAGUUGGAUGUGCACGUGGAUCCGGCCACGAUGACGAUGAAAGGCCUGUCCAGCAGCCGUAGUCACCACCAUGGGGUGACCUGCGACCCCUCUUACGACUCCAUGACCCUGGGGCACUCGGACCGUCGGUCCUACUUCCUCAACCCUGGGGAGGCUCAUUCUGCUGAUCACCCCUGCCUCACCCAGCGCAACUCCUUCCAGUCUGAGUGCACUACCUACCCUGACCUGGCAAGCUGCACCUUCCCUCGCAGACAUUACAGCUCUCACCACGAGCUGAAGGAGGAGUGUGGUGCUGUGGUGCCUUAUACAGGGCCACCAGGGAGCAGUAAGGGAAGUGGAGGAGGUGGUGGAAACAACAACAACCGCAUCCCCUCUAAUCUCUUAGAGCAGUUUGAACGGCAGGCACCAGUGCGGCGUGAGGGCUACCACACACUGCAGUACAAGCGCACUGCAGUGGAACACCAACGCAGUGACAGUCCUGGUCGAAUCCGCCACCUUGUUCACUCUGUCCAGAAGCUUUUCACCAAGUCCCACUCCCUGGAGGGGCCCUCAGGGGCUGGUGGAGGAGGGAGCGGGAGGAUGAACGGCAGCAAAUCCAGUCCUGAUGACCCACCCUCCUCCUCUGGCACCCUGAAGCACAGUAAGCGCAGUAAGAGCAAAGACCGCUCCAAGUCGGAGCCUAAGAUGCGCACUGCCAUCUCAGGCUACUGGAGCUCAGAUGACACGCUCGACAGGGAGGUGUGCCUCUACCACCAUCACCACGGGGGCAGCAGUGGAGGCCUGCCUUCGGGAGUCAUGACAAUGGGGCGCCACCCGGAUAAAUCUCAGUCGCAGUACUUCAUGGAGUCUUACAACACCAUCAGCGCCCACUCUCUCAAGACAUCACGCAGCAACAACGAUGUGAAGUGCUCGACAUGCUCCGGGAGCAGCAGCGGAGCCAUGCCGUUGGUGAGCGCCCUGGAUAGUCAAGUGCAGCUGAAGAAGAGCUCGUGGUCAUCUACUCUGACGGUGAGCAGAGCAAGAGAGGUCUACCAGAAGGCCUCAGUCAACCUAGAUAAAGCUCUAGUGAAAGCCGAGCAGGGACGCACCUGCCACUUCCUACAGGUGCCUCAGGAUGACUGGAGCGGUUUCUCUCCGCUGGGGAAAGAUGAUGAGAUCCCGUGCCGGCGGAUGCGCAGUGGCAGCUACAUCAAGGCCAUGGCAGAGGAAGACAGCGGCGACUCGGACUGCAGCCCGAAACCUUCACCCAAAGUUCAGGCGCGGCGAGCCAGCUACCUGAAGGCCACACAGCCAUCCCUCACAGAGAUGACCACACUCAAGAUCUCCACAGAGCAUUCGCCCAAGCUGCAGAUCCGGAGUCACAGCUACCUGCGGGCGGUGAGUGAGGUUUCCAUCAAUAGGAGUCUGGACAGCUUGGACCCGGCAGGGCUGCUGGCCUCGCCUAAAUUCCGCUCGCGAAACGAGAGCUACAUGAGAGCCAUGAGCACCAUCAGCCAGGUGAGCGAGGUGGAGGUGAACGGGCAGAUUGAGGCAGUGUGUGAGUCAGUGUUCAGUGAGAUGGAGUCGCAGGCGGUGGAUGCACUGGACCUGCCCAUGCCUGGCUGCUUCCGCAUGCGGAGCCACAGCUACGUGCGUGCCAUAGAGAAAGGCUGCUCUCAGGAAGAGGAGGAGGGAGGCGUCACGGUGGCCAUCAGGAGGACCAACUCGCCCCCGCGCACCACCACCACUGUUAGAACCAUCCAGAGCAGCACAGUGUCAUCAUGCAUCACCACCUACAAGAAGACACCACCCCCAGUCCCACCACGGACCACCCCGUCCAAACCUUUCAUAUCCAUCACGGCACAGAGCAGCACCGAGUCAGCUCAGGAUGCCUACAUGGACGGGGGCUCCGGCCCCCGGACGGGCAUCAGCUCCCAGCCGGGCCUGUCCAACUCCACGGAGAGCAUCGACAGCAUGAAGGCCCUGACAGCAGCCAUCGAGGCGGCUAACGCUCAGGUGCACGGCCCCGCCAGCCAGCACGUCACCAACAGCACCAUCACCAUCACUGCCACCGCCACCACCUCUGCCGUAGCGCACGUGUCCGCAGACAGCAAAGCGCAGAGGGAAGCGCUCCGCAAGUGCCUCUCCAUAGGGAUCCAGGUGGACCCAGAGGAAGGAGGGCCGACGGAGGAGCAGUCUAAAUUCCAGUCAAUAGGAAUUCAGGUGGAGGAUGAGCGAUGUUACCGCAGGAUGACCCGCUCCAAUAGCGUAACCACGGCGGUGCAGGCCGACCUUGACGACCCCACAGAUGCCCCAGAGCUGCCACCGCGUCACUGUGCCACCAUGCCGCGCCAGCACUCCCGGGACGCCGCCUCUUCUACCGUCAGCAUCCAGGGCUCUGGUAACCACUACCACGCCUGUGCCGCUGACGACUACGGGGAGGUGGGGUUCGACCCUUCGAUCCUGCCCCCUCCAGACCCAUGGAUGGACAGCGUGGCUGAACCAGAGGGGGAGGCUCUGGAGGCUGUGGGACGAUCGGUGUGCCCCCGUGACGGCCGCUGGUUCCUCAAGUUGUUGCAGGCCGAGACGGAGCGUAUGGAAGGAUGGUGUCGACAGAUGGAGCAGGAUGAGGUGGAGAAUGAGCUGCCUGAUGAGAUCCUGGGGAAAAUACGCAGUGCAGUGGGGAGUGCCCAGCUGCUGAUGUCCCAGAAGUUCCAGCAGUUCCGGGAGCUGUGUGAGGAGAAUCUGAACCCAAAUGCACACCCAAGGCCCAUCUCCCAGGACCUGGCAGGUUUCUGGGACAUGCUCCAGCUGUCUAUCGAGAACAUUAGCCUGAAGUUUGAUGAACUCCACCAACUCAAAGCCAACAACUGGAAACCUCUGACCCCACCAGAAAUUCAGGAGAGAAGGAUGCCCCCUCCCGUGCCAAAGAAGCCCCUGAAGGGCCACCACCCUCCCCUGGCUAGGGACCGCUCGCUGGAGAGCUCUGAGCGCCAGCGUCUGGAGGCUCGCAAGCGCCUGCUAGCUGCCAAACGUGCCGCGUCGGUUCGGCAGAGCUCUGCCACCGAGAGUGCAGACAGUAUUGAGAUCUAUAUCCCAGAGGCUCAGACCAGACUAUGAGACAAAUGCAUGUACCCACACACAUGCCCAAUACACUGUCCCAUACACACUAUAGCACUGAAUGGUAAGGCUAGGGUGCUAACAUGACAUAAUCACAUUUUUUGCAGACUUCCCAGAUCACUGUGGGGUUAGUCACAAUGACAGAAGAACAAGUAAUGUACAUUUUCAGUAUUUAUUUAUUUAUUUAUCUAUCUAUCACCCUUCCCCUCCCUUAUUUCCUUCUCCCAGCUUUGAUGUAGCAGUCCCUCCUCCUGUACCUCCACCCACCCCUCAAUGUCAAACAAGUAUCUUAUGAAUCUCUUUUUUUAAAGUGGCCUAAUAGUACAAAGUUAGCCAGGUGUAGCACAGCAGUGAUGCUUCACUUUAUUAUGUUUCAAGUGCUGAGAAUGGGAGGCAAACAGGGAGGGAGCGUGCAUAUAUUUGAUCUGAUCUGCUCAGAUCAAGUGUAUCAAAUCAAACAGAGAGACCAGACCUAAUGACUUGUGUUUUAUUUUUGUAUUCGUAUAAAAUCCCAUGAUCUGAUUCUAAAAUUAACAUAAGCUGGAAAGUUUUUGAUUUGUUUGAUGAGGUCACACAUUAGAAAAUAAUGGUGAAAAGACCAGACAAGGAAACUCUAGUGUCAGUUAGCGACACAAUUCGCCCUCUGUUUGGAAAUAGGUCUUUCCAGCAGCAAGAGGCAGACUGUCGCAGGAAAGGUCAAGAGGUCAGAUUUAGCUCCUCCAGUCGAGGCAAAGUGGCUGUUGAGCCAGGAGCAGGUUUUGUGGUUCGGCAAAGAGUGCGAUUCACUGAGAAAACUCACUGUUCAGAAAUGCCACAAACCUAAUCUGUGUGUGUAAGUGAGAGAAAGAGAGUGUGUGUGUGUGUGUGUGUGUGUGUGUGUGUGUGUGUGUGUGUGUGUGUGUGUGUGUGUGUGUGUGUGUGUAUUCAGAUGUUCAUUUCAAAAGUGCUUCCUAUUUUUAUAGGUCUAAAGGGUCCUAGCUGUAAUUGAAGAUUAAGGUAGCAGUAUCAAGAAACUGUAAACAAACCACCCGUCUUGACUCAUUUUGAACUGAGCAAAACACGUUUGUAUAAAGAACAUACAGUGUAACAACAUGACGUGCAUGCUGACACAAGGUUACUGAUAUUUUUUGUCUUUUUUAAACAGGUUAAAUCCUUUCUCAUGUUGCGUUCAAACUCUUCGGUGUUACAGGCGAUGCUAAAAUACUGAUAUUUGGUACAAUACUGGUAGUUGUACUAUAUUUUAUUAUGUCAUUUUUAGACAAGAGAGGUUUAUUGACAGUAUUGAGACUAAAGGACUGAAAAGGGACUAUUUUCUCCUCACUGUGUGUGCACUAUCUCUGCCUCCAAAUGAAGCAAUUAUUUGAAGGUCAUACAAAAAAAAAUCCAAUUUGUAAUAUUUUGUAUUCAUGUUUAAUUUAUUGAUUAGGAGAACAAUGACUGUUUAUUGACAUUGUGAUUAUUAUUAUGCACUGACAACAAGGCCCUUAUACUGUGUUUAUGUUUUGUUUCUGUUGGUUCUUUAGCAUGACAGGCACCUUUUUUUCGUCUCUUCUGUUUCAGUGAUCAGCCUUAAUUUCUAAUAUGAUAGUUGAGCACAACAGCAGUCUCAGGGGAAGAAGUGUGCGUGCGUGCAUGUGUGUGAGAGAGUGCGUGGCUGACUUCAUGUGACUUUAUGUGACCCAUGGCUUUGUCACUUACUGUACAUAACCCCCAGUCACUGGGAUAGGCCAUGAUCUCGAACAAGGGAGAAGUAUCCAUGCCAUUUUUUUAAAAAAUGAUGUUCCUGUUGAACAUCUCAGCCCUAAUUACUUCAAUGUAACAAGGUAUUUCUGUCAGCUGCUUGAAUGUGGAGACAAUCCUGAGCCAGUUUACCGUCACAUAAUUGUUUUGAUGAGAGAAUAGCAGUUCUCUUUAUUGACCUGACAACGUUUUGUGCCAUUGGAUAACUAUAGGUAAGGAUAUAUUCCUGCUAUUUGUCCCUAUUGAACGGAAGUUUUCGUUGAGAGGUGUUUGUGAAGGAACUCAAGUGAUGAAGUAACCGUACAGUAUGAUUUGUAUUUCCUUUAGUCGGUCGAUAUGAAGUUUAGAGAGGAUGCUUAAAAGUAACAAUAGUUCAAACUUAACGCCAUUUUCUGUAGAUGAAGCUCAUUUUAGUAUUUUUUACUUUGGAACUUGUAUUUGAAUUGAAUUGUCUGUCAAAUGAUUGACUUCUUAUUUAUGUUUAUUAUAUUAACAUAUCAAUAUAACACUCCUGGUAUAGCAGGGAGUUAGAAACCAGAAUGUUGGAUUGUGGUUAGUCGCUAAACUCAAAAGACACUCCAGCAAUCCUGGCAAUUCUGAAGCUUGUGAUGUAGUUAUAUUAAGAGAUCAAAUAAACAUUUGUACAUAAAUGAAUGUUUCCCUAUGUAAAUGUAAACUAAAAAAACCCAAUCAAAUACCAUAUUACGCAGAUAUACAUUUUGUAAUUAAUGUUAUUACACUGUUGAUGUUAUGGCACGUGUAUGAGCGCUUAUCAGCAUUAAAAAAAAAUAUAUAUCAUUGCCAUAA